AAAUCAUCGGAGGCCAAGAGGCAAGGCCCCAUUCCCACCCCUAUAUGGCAUUUCUUCAAAUCCAAUCACCAGGGACCACUUGUGGGGGGUUCCUGGUGCGAGAAGACUUUGUGAUGACAGCAGCUCACUGCUGGGGAAGCCGUAUUCGCGUCAUUCUGGGGGCCCACAACAUCAGGAGGGAGGAAAGGACCCAGCAGCGCCUGUCUGUGCUCAGAGCCAUCCGCCAUCCUCAAUAUGAUCCGCAAAACUAUCUGAAUGACAUCAUGUUACUGCAGCUGGAAAAUAAUGCCAGACAGAAUCGAUUCGUGAGGCCAGUGGCCCUGCCUCAGACACAGGCCAGGCUGAAUCCUGGGACCUCGUGCACUGUGGCUGGAUGGGGCCUGGUUAGCCUGAAGGGAAGAACAGACACACUCCGAGACGUGCGCCUGAAAGUGCAGAGGGAUCAGGAGUGCAGCAGACGCUUCAGGGCCUACACUGGCCAAACGGAGAUUUGUGUGGGGGACCGGAGAGAGAAGAAAUCUGCUUUCAUGGGGGACUCCGGAGGCCCCCUGGUCUGUAACAAUGUAGCCCACGGCAUUGUCUCCUACGGAGAUCGUAUGGGGACUCCGCCAGCAGUCUUCACCAGAGUCGCACGCUUCCGAUCCUGGAUAAAUCAAACAAUGAGACGUUUCAAAAUGCGAGGAAUCAAACUGAGACCUCCUGUGAAUGACUCUUGUUCUCUGGAAUUGAAAAGGGAUUAUUGGAAGCGGAAGCCUUAAUAAAAG